UAUUUGAAAUUGGAGGGCGGCGACACCGUCUAGAGGCUCAACGGUCGGAAUGUGGAACGAUAGCGGUAGAGUCGAUGAAAUCACGAUCGUAGAGAAAAGUGAAGGAAAGCUGAUCUGAACAGUACGCUGUUCGCGUCGCACGGAAUCAAGCACCAGAGCUCAUCGUCACGGUGUCUGCUUGGCAAAGGAAAGCAAAAACACCUAAAGGAAACUCGGGGUGUAAAUUUCAAGUCGUACGAUAUGGACGCAGGUUCUGAUUUCUACCACCCUCAGGCUCUAUGUGGGCUGAGGCUCGACAACGACCAGCCAUUUUCUUCUAGCACGGAUGCUUUACCGCACACUUGCCUGCUAGACGUGGUUGUGGUACCGCUCGCUACGUGGCUCCUUCUGCUCCUUCUCAUCCUGCUCUGGCUUCCAGCUACUAUCGCAUCACUUCGUCAGGGCAAGUUCUCAGGCGAGAAGCUUCCAUUGCAGCGUUACCGUUACGCUUCUGCAAGACUUCUCAAGCUUGUUGGGGCAGUCCUUCACACCUUGCUGAUCAUUGCUGCCCUGCUCAUGAACGUUCUCGAGAUCGUUCGACUGUAUCUCGCCCACCGAGGCGCGGGUCUAUUGCCAUUUACCUUGGCCGGUAUCGUGCUGGUCCUCAUCGUGAUACACGUUCGGGUCACGCCGCAGAUCCGACUCUUGACGAGCUCCAUCGCCCUCUUUUUCUGGAUCUUGUCGGUAGUCUUUACUAGCGUAAAACUAGCCACCCUUUCCAAGCUGCAAGGACCUGAGCCCCGAAUCGGGGGCUACGAAGACGAGUAUCACGACGCGGACCAGCUUAUUGACGUUGGUGUCAUUGUCGGCUUGUACGCCAUUUUCGUGAUCGUCGAGGCUCUGCGUCUGCCCCUUUUGGUGCGAGCUAGCAGAGCACCAGCCGGACUUCAGGAAUCGCGUUCCGUUCAAGGCGAGCCCUCGGCCGCGAAGCAAGAGUCUGCUUGAUACCAUCCUCACAGCUCGUCCGUGUCUAUACCGUAGCUUUCGCACGCCAUACACCUGUCUCCGUCUCGACAAAUUCGUCCUGUCAAAUGAGUAUUAAUUCUGAUUGCCUUCGUCGGCUCCUCGUAGUUGAGCACAUUAUUCCACUUGACUCAGUGUCGGAGCUUGACUUUUUGUCAAUUCGAAUCUCAUAAACUCAU